AUGUCUGAAGGAAAAUUAGAGAACCCUGAACAAGACUUUACGCAACUUGUUGAUAAACAGUUACCAGAAACUGAGACAUUGGCCACGCAAGGGCUUCUUUCAGAAGCUUUAGAACAGUUAUUGGGACUUGAAAAGCAAACACGUCAGGCAGCUGAUUUAGCUUCUUCUACUCGUGUAUUAGUUCACAUUGUUAAAUUAUGUUAUCAGGCAAGGGACUGGAAAUUAUUAAAUGAAUAUGUAAUAUUACUCUCAAAGAAGCAUGGACAAUUGAAACAGGCAAUCACAAAAAUGGUUCAAGAAGUCAUGACUUAUCUUGAUGAUACACCAGAUAAACCAACAAAACUAGAGUUAAUCGAUACUUUGCGUACAGUUACUGAAGGAAAAAUCAGAGAGGAAGACGGCAAAAUUAAUGAGGCUGCUGAUAUUUUACAAGAAUUGCAGGUUUUUUAA